AUGUGUUCCCCUAUUGUUCCCAAUACGUCUGUUGAUAUAGGCAACCUGGCUCAACAGGUUAUGAGCCCAUCGGUUUCAGGUCCUAAUGCCCUUACAAUCAAGUUAACAGACGCUUCUAACUAUCAAAGGUGGUUCAACAAGUUAACCAACAAAGUUCUUACCACCAGUGUUUAUUGGUUUGAAUAUCUCCAAAAUGGAGGAGUCGUUGACAAUAUUCAAGUUUUUGCCAAUCUCUCAUCAGCUCAACGCAUUACUGUAGCAAGCUGUUUUAAUGUAGCAUUAAUUAUGUUGAUCAGAAACUCCUGUUCUGGUACUGCUCAGAUUGAAGUUAGUCACUACUUCGAAAAUUCAGAUGACGAAAAUGCUAUUGAGCUAUUACAGUGGCUAAAAGCAAAAUUCUCUUUUCCAACCGUUUCCAUGCUUGUCGAAAAUUUUUCGAACACAUCAAAUAUGAUUAAUACGGCUCCAAUUGAAAAAAGAGACUGGGCUGUUAAGCUAUCCUCCAUCAUUCUCACUGAUGCUACCGAGGAUGAAACCUCUUAUUCUACUUUGCUCAACAAUCCCACUUUCCACUCAUACCGGAAAAAGAUGCUUGAUCGUCUUGCUGCAUCAUUGAUGGUCUCUAUCUCACCAUCUAUUAAAGAAAAGAUCCUAGAUCGCUAUGGCGACGAUUUCUCCAUCUCUACUGACCAAGUUACUAAGUUACUGGAGCGUAAAGCAGCCAACUCUGGUACUGAGAACAAUCAGGUCGUUAUUGCUCAUGGCAAAUACAAUGCAAAAAACAAGCACAAAACCUCGAAUAGAGAAUGUGCAGUUUGCAAGGGCCCACAUUCACUCGAAAACUGCAAAAUUUUCAAGUCGAAAUUUCCCCAAGCCCAUAUUUUCCAAAAAGCAAAGAAGAAAACCCAAAUGAAUAACUCUCAUUAUUCAGAUGGUAUGAAUGACUCCUCUUGGAUGGCCAUCUCCGACUCUGCUACCACAAAUUCCAAUGCUACUUCUUCGUCCGCACUUUCCUCUAAUCACUGGAUUUUUGACACCGGUUGUACCAGUCAUAUGACCCCUCAUCGCUCUGUCUUCUCCGAAUUCCAUACUGAUGUCUCUGGGUCCGUCAAGGGUGCUGGUGGUUCAGUUCGGAUUAAAGGACACGGUACUGUUAAACUCAAUGGUAUCACAUUGAAUGAUGUUCUGUAUGUUCCUGAUCUUCCAGUCAAUCUAAUUUCUAUUAGAAAGGCUACUCAGACCUCCAAGAAUCAAUUUGUUUUUACCAACGAGAAAGUUGACGUAUUCAAUGAAAACCACCGUUUAGUCUCAAGUGGUUCCUUGUGUGUGUUGAGCCAGGUUGCCUAUAUCAACAGACGUAUUGGGAACAAUAGGGGAACACAUCGAGUAUAG